GAAAUAGAGCUUUUAAAACAAACUUAAUUUAUCAAUAUGCAGAAUUAGUCUAGAUUAAGCCACUGUAGCCUAAAUGCUUUUUGUUUGCUGGUCCCUGCAAAAAUUAUUUACAAAAUUAUUAUUUUUUCAGCCAAGCGCUCCUACAGUUCUUCAAAACGGAUCACUUUUUAUGGUCGUCCACUUGAACAAUGAGGAAACACGUAGUAGGCCUUAUGCUAAUUUAACAGAAGUUGAUAUCAGACAUGAAGAGUCUACGACAACUACAGAUAAUAAAAAGAGCUAUGAAUCAAAUGAAGACAAUGCCAGUGAUUUUAUUGAAGAUUUGUUUGAUUUAUUGCCUGAAGCGGCAGAAGAACAACAGCUACAGAAUGUCGACGUGCUGUUUGACAUAGCUCCAGAUUUGGUAGAAAAUGUUGCCAUUGUAGUUGAACAAGUCAACCCAAUAGAAGUAGCGCCAACAGAGGAACACCAGCAGAUGGAGACAGCAGAGUCGAACUUAGAACAUAAUAAUACAGCUGCUUUGCUCGAGGGAAACAGAUUGAAGCUCCUAAAGGGUUCACCAAAAAUGGGAACCCGAGGAAAAAGAGCUGCGCCGAGGUGUAAAGAAGACAUUAAAUCAAAACGUGAAAAAAAUAAAGAUAACAUGCACUUCAGCCCCCAUGUAAUAAUACAUGUAAAAGAAAAUGCACGACCAAACUUACAGAACACAGAAGAAUGA